CGAAGGAAAAUAUGGGUAAGAGUUGACAUGGAAAAUAAAUGACAUUGUCUCCACCAAGACCAAAGCCUCUUUACUCCUCUGAUGCAUGCAGAAUGCACCAUUUCCAACUUUUUUUUGUGUGCUCCCCAAACUUGGCGUGUGUCUCACAGGUGGCAAGACCAAAUUCAUGGCCAGGAAAGGAAUGGAUGGCUGGGAGGCAAUAGAGAUAGGAUUUCAUUACUUUUCUUCCUUAUGGGUUCUUUCCUUGGAGAGAGACUUUUGAUAUCAUCCCUCUCCACCGCCACCUUCCAUUUUCCUCAUCACCCUAGAAGAUCAUCUUCCACCGUAGAUGGGAGCUGUGAGUUGUGGGGUGAAACAAGCGAAUACUGAUUACACAAGGCAAAGAGCAAGUCGGGGAAAUAAUCAUCAAAAGGGCAAGGGAAUAUCGGAUUAACGACAAUACUGUGAGUAAAUUCUAACCUAAUGUUUAUCUUAAUAUGAUUAUGGUAUUCGGGUCAUGAAGCGGCCCAAGUACAACGUGUAUGAUGG